AUGAGCAUUCCACCACCGCCGCCGCAGAUGUGGCCACCGUCUCAUCCACCGUUCACAGUAUCACAGUGGCAAGAGCUAGAACACCAAGCUCUCAUCUUCAAGUAUCUCAAAGCUGGUUUGUCGGUUCCUCCCGACCUCCUUUUACCUAUUCGGAAAAGUCUUCAAUUGAUGUCUCACCCAUCUCUGGGUUAUUAUGGGAAGAAAAUUGACCCAGAACCAGGUAGGUGUAGAAGAACCGAUGGAAAAAAAUGGAGAUGUUCUAGGGAUGCUCAUCCUGAUUCUAAGUACUGUGACCGUCAUAUGAUACGACGUCGUUACCGUUCAAGAAAGCCUGUGGAAUCUUCUUCUUCUCAAUCUCAAUCUUCAUCUUCACUUUCUUCUACUUCACAGCAACUUGCUCCUUCUAUUGGAGUUGCUGCUACUGUUUCUGCCUCUGAUACUUCAACUUUCCAUACACUUCCUUUGCAUACAAAUGGUACUCGUGAAAGUUUAGGUUUCACUCUUGGGAACACCAUGCCCCACAUGGACCCCAUGCUUCUUCCUCUUCAGGGCUCUAAGAAACCUUAUAGGUUUGGACUGAACUCGGAAGCAGAGGAGCACAGCCUCUUACAGAAAGAUCUCGGAACUGUCAAGUAUCAAGGCUACGACUUUACAUCAGAUGGCAUGUGGUAUAACAACAUGUCUCAGAUUCCAUCGAACACAGUUUCAGAAUCAAGGAGCAAUUCUUCCAUGGUUAACAACAGCAACUACUUCCAACAACAGCGAACAACACGAGAGCCUGAGCUGAUGUUUAGCCUCGACGCUGCAAGGUCCAAGGAAAUCGUCUUUAACGGCCAGUUAGGUAGCUUGAAACAGGACUAUCAAUCAUCCCCCCAGUCUCUCUUCAACGACUGGCAGUGGAAGAAAGAUUUAGCCUCCUCUGCCAUGGAGUAUAGACCAAGCAAGGAUUUUAACACCAACCCAGAUAUCAAUGCCGAUUCAAAUGCUACUCUAUGA